AUGGUUAUCGUCUGCUUGUACGUGGAGACAAGUCUCCUUCUAGCGGCCCUAGCGGAAGCUCACCGGAGCUUGGGCGCUCAGACACGGAGCCGGGAGACAAGCAGUUCUGGAAAUUGGCCAAAAGGGAAAAAAAACAAAACAUGGACCGGAAUCAAUAAACAAACCAUACAGAAAGAACUCGGCAGGGAAAAAAGGAAAACAAACACAUGCAUCCAUCAUGAACGCCUGGCCGGUUAA